CUUAUAUCAACUAACUUUGUGUUCCUCCGCAGAAAAAUAAAAAGUAGGUAAAGUGCAUAGUAGCACUAGCUAAACAGUACGUAGUGAUCAUAAGCAAGCAUACUGAUGAUUAAUAUGGCAACCAUGGAAGACAUGAGCAACAUGAGUGGUGAAAUUACACUUCCAGGGUUCCGAUUCCACCCAACUGAAGAAGAGCUUCUGGAUUUCUAUCUCAAAAACAUGGUUGUUGGCAAGAAACUUCGUUACGAUGUUAUUGGUUUCCUCAACAUCUAUCAGCAUGAUCCAUGGGAUUUGCCUGGUUUGGCAAAGGUUGGGGAAAGAGAGUGGUACUUCUUCGUGCCAAGGGACAAAAAACAUGGAAGCGGUGGAAGGCCAAACCGCACCACUGAAAAAGGGUUCUGGAAAGCCACCGGUUCAGACCGGAAAAUAGUUACCUUAUCUGAUCCAAAGCGCAUAAUUGGGUUAAGGAAGACCCUGGUUUUCUAUCAGGGAAGAGCUCCUAGGGGAUGCAAGACCGAUUGGGUCAUGAAUGAGUACCGUUUACCUGACAAUUGCAAACUACCCAAGGAAAUCGUGUUAUGCAAGAUAUAUCGAAAGGCAACUUCGUUGAAAGUGCUGGAGCAAAGGGCAGCACUAGAGGAAGAGAGAGAGAAGAAGCAAAUGGUUGAUAAUUCCCCUGCUUCUCCUCCUUCCUCCACGGACACCAUGUCCUUUAGCAGCCCACAGGAAGAGCAAAACGUGCCCUUGCCCUUGUUGCAGCAUGUUCUUAAGAAAGAGUCUGAAACAACUGAAGACAUGGUAGUGUCAAAACAAGAAAAAACAACGAACCAAUUGACCUUAAAAGACACCAAAAGCACUUGUGGCACAUCACUUCAAAUGCCCUUUGGGAAAGAGAAGCUGCCAGACCUUCAGCUUCCUAUGCUCUCGGAUUGGACCCAAGAUACCUUUUGGGCUCAGUUGAAUAGUCCUUGGCUCCAAAACUUUACUCCCACCAAUAUUCUAAACUUCUACUGACUCCACUCUAUGUGCAUCAUUACUCAAAUAUAAUAUAUCAACUGCAAGUUAAUUAGUCAAUAUUACCUAUUUAUUUUGGAAUGUAUAUGCAGUGAAUUAGUAAUUAAUAACGUUUUUAUUAUAUUAACUCAAUUAACUAGACAUGUUUUCAUGCACAUAUAUGUUUUUUCCUAUCAAGUUCAGUCUAGCUGGAACUUGUUGUCAACCCUUUACCCCUGUCCCUUGAAGAUGUUUCACUCUUUCAAUGAAUGUUCAAGAAGUAAAAUUCAUCAGCAGAUUCAAUUCGGCAGUUUCACUAUUCA